AUGGCAGGAGCAGCCACCUCUUUCUCGCCUCUCCCAGACCUGAGAUAUGAAGUGUUCGUAUUUCCACAAGAGACCGAAGCCUCCCACGUGCUGGUGAGGGCAAAGCCGGAGGAGCCGCUGCAGAACUUCACCGUGUGCCUGCGGUCCUACACCGACCUCACCCGGCCCCACAGCCUCUUCUCCUACGCCACCAAGGCGCAGGACAACGAGAUCCUCCUCUUCAAGCCCAAGCCCGGCGAGUACCGGCUCUACGUGGGAGGCAAGUACAUGUCCUUCAGCGUCCCCACCAGCAUUGCAGAAAGUGAGCACGUCUGUGCCAGCUGGGAGUCCACCACCGGCAUCGUGGGCUUUUGGUUCAACGGGAAGCCCUGGCCUCGCAAGGGGCUGCAGAGGGGCUACACAGUGGGGGGGGAGGCGGCCAUGUACGACAGGCCCGAUGAAGCCCCCAUCUUCGGCUGGAGAAACUUCCCCUACAAGAUCGUGGGCGAGGUGUACCUGAAGCCUUGA